AUGAAGCUGAACCCGGAAAAAUGCGCAUUUGGGGUCGGGUCAGGCAAAUUUCUCGGGUUCAUGGUAUCCAACCGAGGAAUCAAGAUUAAUCCCGACAAAAUCGAAGCCAUCGAUGGCAUCACAGUGGUAGACAGCGUGAAGGCCGUGCAGAGGUUAAUCAAGCGCAUGACCACCCUAGGGCGAUUCAUCUCGAGGUUCACCUAUAAGGGCCACCGAUUUUUCUCGUUGCUAAAGAAGAAAAAUAAUUUCACAUGGACCUCGAAAUGCCAUCAGGCCUUGGAAGAGCUUAAGCGGUACUUAUCGAGCCUGCCGUUGCUUUACAUGCCAAGGGCAGACGAAUAG